GAUGGCCGGCAGCGGGGCGCGCCCCGGGGCGGCGGGGCUGAGGUUCCUGGCCCCGUGAUGCCUAGCCCUGCAGGACCUGAGCUCCGAGGCACCAGGCGCUGGCCCGCCAUGCCACUGCCACCUCUGAGCCUGUGUGUGUUCCCCAUGCUGCUGCUCCUGCUCCUGGGUGGCGUGCAUGCUGCCAUGGGUUCACCCAGGGCUGGCGGGGGUCCACACCCUGCCUUCCGCACCUUCGUGGCCAGCGACUGGGGCCUCACCCACCUGGUGGUCCAUGAGCAGACAGGCGAGGUGUACGUGGGGGCCGUGAACCGCAUCUACAAGCUGUCUGGGAACCUGACGCUGCUGCGGGCCCACGUGACAGGCCCUGUGGAGGACAACGAGAAGUGCUACCCGCCCCCCAGUGUGCAGUCAUGCCCACAUGGCCUGGGCAGCACCGACAACGUCAAUAAGCUGCUGCUGCUGGAUUAUGCCGCCAACCGCCUACUGGCCUGCGGCAGCGCCUCCCAGGGCAUCUGCCAGUUCCUGCGGCUGGACGACCUCUUCAAGCUGGGCGAGCCGCACCACCGCAAGGAGCACUACCUGUCGAGCGUGCGUGAGGCUGGUAGCAUGGCAGGUGUGCUCAUCGCUGGGCCACUGGGUCAGGGCCAGGCCAAGCUCUUUGUGGGCACACCCAUCGAUGGCAAGUCCGAGUACUUCCCCACACUGUCCAGCCGCCGGCUCAUGGCCAACGAGGAGGAUGCUGACAUGUUCGGCUUCGUGUACCAGGAUGAGUUUGUGUCCUCACAGCUGAAGAUCCCAUCAGACACGCUGUCCAAGUUCCCAGCCUUCGACAUCUACUAUGUGUACAGCUUCCGCAGCGAGCAGUUCGUCUACUACCUCACCCUGCAGCUGGAUACGCAGCUGACCUCGCCCGACGCUGCAGGCGAGCACUUCUUCACCUCCAAGAUCGUGCGGCUGUGCGUGGAUGACCCCAAGUUCUACUCCUACGUGGAGUUCCCCAUCGGCUGCGAGCAGGCCGGUGUGGAGUACCGCCUGGUGCAGGACGCCUACCUCAGCCGGCCCGGCCAGACCCUGGCCCGCCAGCUGGGCCUGGCCAAGGAUGAGGAUGUGCUGUUCACCGUGUUCGCCCAGGGCCAGAAGAACCGUGUGAAGCCGCCCAAAGAGUCGGCGCUGUGCUUGUUCACCCUCAGGGCCAUCAAGGAGAAGAUCAAGGAGCGCAUCCAGUCCUGCUACCGUGGCGAGGGCAAGCUCUCUCUGCCCUGGCUGCUCAACAAGGAGCUAGGCUGUAUCAACUCGCCCCUGCAGAUCGAUGAUGACUUCUGCGGACAGGACUUCAACCAGCCGCUGGGGGGCACAGUCACCAUUGAGGGCACACCUCUGUUUGUGGACAAGGAUGAUGGCCUGACCGCUGUAGCUGCCUACGACUACCGGGGCCGCACCGUGGUGUUUGCCGGCACGAGGAGCGGCCGCAUCCGCAAGAUCCUGGUGGAUCUCGCCAGCCCUGGUGGCCGCAUGGCCCUGCCCUAUGAGAGCGUGGUUGUCCAAGAGGGCAGCCCUAUCCUGCGUGACCUGGUCCUCAGCCCUAACCACCAGUACCUCUAUGCCAUGACGGAGAAGCAGGUGACACAGGUGCCGGUGGAGAGUUGCGUGCAGUACACAUCGUGCGAGCUAUGCCUGGGGUCCAGGGACCCCCACUGUGGCUGGUGUGUCCUGCACAGCAUCUGCUCACGGCAGGAUGCGUGUGAGCGGGCAGAUGAGCCCCAGCGCUUCGCCUCUGACCUGCUGCAGUGCGUCCAGCUGACUGUGCAGCCGCACAAUGUGUCGGUCACCAUGUCCCAGGUGCCGCUUGUGCUGCAGGCCUGGAACGUUCCUGACCUCUCAGCUGGCGUCAACUGCUCCUUCGAGGACUUCACAGAAUCCGAGGGCGUCCUAGAGGAUGGCCGCAUCCACUGCCGCUCGCCCUCUGCUCGGGAGGUGGCACCCAUCACUCGGGGCCAGGGGGACCAGCGGGUGGUGAAGUUAUACCUGAAGUCCAAGGAGACUGGGAAGAAGUUUGCAUCUGUGGACUUUGUCUUCUACAAUUGCAGUGUCCACCAGUCCUGCUUGUCCUGUGUCAAUGGCUCCUUCCCCUGUCACUGGUGCAAAUACCGCCACGUGUGCACGCACAACGCCGCUGAUUGCGCCUUUCUGGAGGGCCGUGUCAACGUGUCUGAGGACUGCCCCCAGAUCCUACCCUCCACCCAGAUCUAUGUGCCAGUGGGCGUGGUGAAGCCCAUCACCCUGGCUGCCCGGAACCUGCCGCAGCCACAGUCAGGCCAGCGUGGGUAUGAGUGCCUUUUCCACAUCCCAGGCAGCCCUGCCCGUGUCACUGCCCUGCGCUUCAACAGCUCCAGCCUGCAGUGCCAGAACUCCUCGUACUCCUACGAGGGCAACGACAUCAGUGACCUGCCCGUGAACCUGUCGGUCGUGUGGAACGGCAACUUUGUCAUCGACAACCCCCAGAACAUCCAGGCCCACCUCUACAAGUGCCCUGCGCAGCGGGAGAGCUGUGGCCUCUGCCUCAAGGCCGACCCGCGCUUUGAGUGCGGCUGGUGCGUGGCUGAGCGCCGCUGCUCCCUACGCCACCACUGCCCAUAUGAUGCACCUGCCGCCUGGAUGCAUGCCCGCCACGGCAGCAGCCGCUGCACGGACCCCAAGAUCCUCAAGCUGUCCCCGGAGACAGGCCCCCGGCAGGGAGGGACGCGGCUCACCAUCACCGGCGAGAACUUGGGCCUGCGGUUCGAGGACGUGCGACUGGGCGUACGGGUGGGCAAGGUGCUCUGCAGCCCCGUAGAGAGCGAAUACAUCAGCGCCGAGCAGAUCGUCUGCGAGAUUGGGGACGCCAGCUCGGUGCGGGCCCAUGACGCCCUGGUGGAGGUGUGUGUGCGGGACUGCUCGCCCCACUACCGGGCCCUGUCUCCCAAGCGCUUCACUUUCGUGACACCAACCUUCUACCGCGUGAGCCCCUCCCGCGGGCCUCUGUCCGGGGGCACUUGGAUUGGCAUCGAGGGGAGUCACCUGAAUGCGGGCAGUGACGUGGCCGUGUCCAUCGGUGGCCGGCCCUGCUCCUUCUCCUGGAGGAACUCCCGGGAGAUCCGAUGCCUGACACCCCCUGGGCAGAGCCCAGGGAGUGCCCCCAUCUUCAUUAACAUCAACCGUGCCCAGCUCGCCAACCCUGAUGUGAAAUACAAUUACACGGAGGACCCCACCAUCCUGAAGAUCGACCCAGAGUGGAGCAUCAACAGUGGUGGGACCCUCCUCACUGUCACGGGUACCAAUCUGGCCACUGUCCGUGAGCCCCGAAUCCGAGCCAAGUAUGGAGGCGUCGAGCGGGAAAACAGCUGCAUGGUGUACAAUGACACCACUAUGGUGUGCCGGGCGCCAUCUGUGGACAACCCCACGCGCACGCCGCCGGAGCUGGGGGAGCGGCCAGACGAGCUGGGCUUCAUCAUGGACAACGUGCGCGCCCUGCUGGUGCUCAACUCCUCCUCCUUCCUCUACUACCCUGACCCUGUGCUGGAGCCCCUCAGCCCUACUGGGCUCCUGGAGCUGAAGCCCAGCUCCCCACUCAUCCUCAAGGGCCGGAACCUCCUGCCACCUGCACCUGGCAACUCCCGGCUCAACUAUACAGUGCUCAUCGGCUCCACGCCGUGCAUCCUCACUGUGUCAGAGACGCAGCUGCUGUGUGAGUCACCCAACCUCACUGGGCAGCACAAGGUCACGGUGCGGGCAGGCGGCUUCGAGUUCUCGCCGGGCAUGCUGCAGGUAUACUCAGACAGCCUGCUGACGCUGCCUGCCAUUGUGGGCAUCGGUGGGGGCGGGGGCCUGCUGCUGCUGGUCAUCGUGGCCGUGCUUAUCGCCUACAAGCGAAAGUCCCGUGACGCUGACCGCACCCUCAAGCGGCUGCAGCUCCAGAUGGACAACCUGGAGUCCCGUGUGGCCCUCGAGUGCAAGGAAGCCUUUGCAGAGCUGCAGACAGACAUCCAUGAGCUGACCAACGACCUGGACGGUGCGGGUAUCCCAUUUCUUGACUAUCGCACCUAUGCCAUGCGGGUGCUCUUCCCCGGGAUCGAGGACCACCCUGUGCUCAAGGAGAUGGAGGUGCAGGCCAACGUGGAGAAGUCCUUGACGCUGUUUGGGCAGCUGCUGACCAAGAAGCAUUUCCUGCUGACCUUCAUCCGCACACUGGAAGCCCAGCGCAGCUUCUCCAUGCGAGACCGUGGCAACGUGGCCUCCCUCAUCAUGACAGCCCUGCAGGGGGAGAUGGAGUACGCCACGGGUGUGCUCAAGCAGCUGCUGUCUGACCUCAUUGAGAAGAACCUGGAGAGCAAGAACCACCCCAAGCUGCUGCUGCGCCGGACUGAAUCGGUGGCUGAGAAGAUGCUGACCAACUGGUUCACCUUCCUCCUGUAUAAGUUCCUCAAGGAGUGCGCAGGGGAGCCCCUCUUCAUGCUGUACUGCGCCAUCAAGCAGCAGAUGGAGAAGGGCCCCAUCGAUGCCAUCACGGGUGAGGCCCGCUACUCCCUGAGUGAGGACAAGCUCAUCCGACAGCAGAUUGACUACAAGACGCUGACCCUGAACUGCGUGAACCCCGAGAAUGAGAAUGCACCCGAGGUGCCAGUGAAGGGGCUGAACUGCGACACAGUGACACAGGUCAAGGAGAAGCUGCUGGAUGCCGUGUAUAAGGGAGUACCCUACUCCCAGCGGCCCAAGGCUGGGGACAUGGACCUCGAGUGGCGCCAGGGCCGCAUGGCGCGCAUCAUCCUGCAGGAUGAGGAUGUCACCACCAAGAUUGACAACGACUGGAAGAGACUGAACACUCUGGCCCACUACCAGGUGACAGAUGGGUCAUCAGUGGCACUGGUGCCCAAGCAGACGUCCGCCUACAACAUUUCCAACUCCUCCACCUUCACCAAGUCCCUCAGCAGAUACGGCCACCCACUGACAGGCCCGGCUUCUGCAGAGAGCAUGCUACGUACAGCCAGCAGCCCUGACAGCCUGCGCUCGCGCACCCCCAUGAUCACACCCGACCUGGAGAGUGGCACCAAGCUGUGGCACCUAGUGAAGAACCAUGACCACCUGGACCAGCGCGAAGGUGACCGAGGUAGCAAAAUGGUCUCAGAAAUCUACUUGACCCGGCUGCUGGCCACCAAGGGCACACUGCAGAAGUUCGUGGACGACCUGUUUGAGACCAUCUUCAGCACAGCACACCGGGGCUCGGCCCUGCCGCUGGCCAUCAAGUACAUGUUUGACUUCUUAGACGAACAGGCUGACAAGCACCAGAUCCAUGAUGCCGACGUGCGCCAUACCUGGAAGAGCAACUGCCUGCCCCUGCGCUUCUGGGUGAACGUGAUCAAGAACCCGCAGUUCGUGUUCGACAUCCACAAGAACAGCAUCACGGACGCCUGCCUGUCAGUUGUGGCCCAGACCUUCAUGGACUCCUGCUCCACGUCGGAACACAAGCUGGGCAAGGACUCGCCCUCCAACAAGCUGCUCUAUGCCAAGGACAUCCCCAACUACAAGAGCUGGGUGGAGAGAUACUAUGCUGACAUCGCCAAGAUGCCUGCCAUCAGUGACCAGGACAUGAGUGCCUACCUGGCCGAGCAGUCCCGGCUGCACCUGAGCCAGUUCAACAGCAUGAGCGCCCUGCACGAGAUCUACUCCUACAUCACCAAGUACAAGGAUGAGAUCCUGGGAGCACUGGAGAAGGAUGAGCAGGCACGGCGGCAGCGGCUGCGCAGCAAGCUGGAGCAGGUGGUGGACACGAUGGCCCUGAGCAGCUGAGCCCCUGGUUGGUGACCGCCCAGCAGGAGGCGGAGCCAGAGGGCUGUGGAGCAGGGGCCCCUGGAGACAGCUGCGCCACCGUGCAGAGAUCCAGGAGGUGCUCGGGGCUGGCACACGACCACCAUCCUCCUGGCCUCCCUUCCUGGGCCCUCAUGGCAUGGCCAGGCUUUUAUCAGUAUGGGUGUGACAGCACCUGCCUGGCCACCUCUGCCCAGGAUGGCCUUCCCGGGCCAGGGCACGCAAAGGGCAGCCAGCCAGCCCUGCCCAGGGACCUUUGUUGCCUGUGAGAGCUGCCUGGGGUCCUUCACAGGAGUAGAGGUGGCCUCCAUGGGGUGAGGCUGGGGUCAGAGCCCCCAGGGAAGGGCAGUAGCCUGCCUGUCUCCCAGAGGCAGGACACAGGGCUGGGUGUCAGGCAGCACCUUCCCGGCUGCCACCAGCGGACCAAGUCUGAGCAUUAGGGGCCUGGCUGGCAGCUGGUGGGAGGGGCACACACCCAGGGCCGGCAAGAUGAGCCAAAGCCCUCUUGCCUUCGACGUCUAGCACCCCACGCUCACCACCCCUUGCCGUCCUCAGAUUCACCGCGUGCUCUGCGCGGCCGAGGCUGGAGCGCCACGUCCACCUACGAAGGAGGCUCUGUCCCCUCCUAUGGAGGGGCUCCCCAAGCUCCGAGGGACUCGUGGACGGACAGACAGGCAACCCCCUCUGUCCUCAGGGCUAUGCCUCUGGGAGCCGCCGGGCCUGGGGCUCCAGCUACAGAGCGCAUGUUCCCGUUAUUUAUUCCCCUCUCCUCUUGCUCCUGCACAGUUGCCCAAAGUGGGCCGAGCCCCCUCCCACCACGGCUUCCACUUUGGCCCUUCCUGAGCAGUGGGACACUGGGGACUGUUUUUGUUUUUAAAGGGAAACAGGAAAUCCCACUACCCUCUGCCUGGGCGGUGAGGGUGUAGUGUUUGGCCCCUGCCAGCCUGGACAGCUCAGGCUGUGACAACAGGCAGGGUCUGAGGGCCUGGAGUUGGCUGCCGCCCCUUUGCCCUCAGCAGCAAGAAAACAAGUUUUUAACGGAACCCUGUACAUAUAUAUAUAUGUGUGUGUGUAUAUAUAUAUGUGGCUCUGGCCUCACCUCCAGCCCCAGUGGGGUACUGUACAGUUACAAAAGGAGAAUUCUGAAAAGCAAUUUAGAAGAAAACCCAGGUGGUGGGAAAACACUACCAGGUGGCGUGGAGAGAGUAGUUGGGUCUUUGGGGCCAGAGCAGAGCCCCAAAGCCUGGCCGCCUCCACCCGGUGCCCCACGCUUGCUGUGGACAAAGGAGUCGAGAGCCCCAACCUGCUGCCGGCCCCUGAGAGCUUCCAGGGUGCGUAGGGCCUGUGGAUUUGCAUGAUUGUGCUAGCGUUUAGUCUGAGUUGAUCUUUUUCAAACUGCAAGUGUUGAAUCUAGAGGUGGUUAGACCCUUUUUCAAUGUUUUUUUCUUUUUAAAUUAAUCAGUCACUUGUACAAGCAAACAAGCAGCCCACCCCCUUUUCAAGUUCACUUUUUCAAUGGUACUAAAGAUUCUAAUGGACUUUAAGGGACAGCUAACUGUGGCCAGACCCAGCCCCAGCACCGAGGGCAGCAUGCCUUGUGUCCGAAGGCUGCCAGCCUGGGGGUCCCCCCCUUCCCCCAAGCAGUGUGAGCCAGUCGGGGCUCCUGGGAUGCCAGGUCAGGAGCUGCUCCCUUGUGAGGGGGUUGGUGUGUGGUUGGUGAACUUCUGACUCAGGGAGCUCUUCCACCCCACGGGGCGCCAAGGAGGGCCUGGGCACCCCACUCCAUGCUGCCUCCAGCCCUACUAGCCCCCCUUGGGCCAGAGCUGAGGCCAGCCAAGCUGGAGAUAAUGCCCUUUUGUCCUCCAGGAUUCCCUUCCCUGGUGUAUCCCGUCCAUUAUGACACCUCCUGGCUGUGCUUCAGUUUACCCCAAAGUCUUCCCUGGAUACUGGCUUCAAGUGGAAGCCCACAGUUCUUCCAGUCCCACCUAGGCCAUGCAGGCCCCUCGGUUCCCACACACUUUCCAGAGUAUUUCCACCCCUCCCCUUCCCUGGGUCUCGUGGCCGCUGCUACCCGGCUCAGUCCAGCCAGGUGGCCUCAUCCACAUGUGGAGCAUCAGUGAGCAGUAGGAGGGUGUGACUGCCCAGCCCAGCCUAGUAUGACUUCCCUCAGGGGCCCUGGCCACAGCCGAGCUCAUGGCGUCUGUUCGAAAGCACUUUAGCAAAUCUGUUUACACAUGCAUUGAUCCAGCUGGUUGUAAGCAUGCUGUGUCCAAGGACAGCAGGUCUCCCUCGAGUGUCCCCGUGGGGCCCACACCACCUGCCUGGUCCUGGGCUUAGGCCCUCAUUUCCUCUUGUCAUUAAUCCCCAUGGUCCCCAAUCAGUAGCACCCUAGGGGCUGGGCCAAGCACCCUGAUCACCUCCUGCUGGGUGCUCCGAGCUCUGAGGUGGCCCGAGAGCCCACCGUAUGGUAGGUGGUGAGGUGCCUGGGACCACCUCUGCCACCCAGGCCGGGACAGGUUCUGUUGGUAUCGCUGCCUGCCAUGGCCCUGCUUCUCCCAGCCCCUGCCGACCCUCCUGGCACUAGGCCCCUUUUCCCACACCCAGCCUUGGAGUGCCUGGGCACCAAUAGCUCUAGCUGUCCCUGUACACCCAGCCACCUGCCUAUUCUCCUGUGGCCUGGGGUCCACAGUGGGCUGCCUAGAAGUGGAGGUUGGGUGCCCCAGCAUGCGCAGCAUGGAGUCCCAGGACGGCCAGUGCCCUGCACUUGCAUGGGGGCCCAGUGCCCAGCCCCUGCCCUCCUAUUCCCUUGCUGAGGGCCCCUGCCCCCGUGUCCCUCCCAGCCCGGAUCUGAUGGCUCACUCGUUGGUGCUACACAAGCUAGAAUAGAUAUAUUUAGAGAAAGAGAAAGAUAUUUUUAAGACAAAGCCCACAAUUAGCUGUCCUUUAACGCCGCAGAGCCCCCACCCAAAAGAAGAACCGUCACUUGUACGGGCUGAGCUCCCGGCCCUCAGCGCUGCCUCUCUGGAAGCAGCACCGCUGACCGGCACUCCUCCCGCAGAUGUGUAAAUAUACGGCGAUUUCCUAUUUUACUGUUCUUCAGAUUUAGUACUUGUACAUAAACACACAUUAAGGAGAGAUUAAACAUUUUUGCUAAAG